AUGGAUGAGCAGCUAAUAUUCACAACGCAUUCAACUUGCACGGUAGCAAAUAUUCAUUCUGCUGCUCAAAUAAACCUAAAGCAAUGUGUGACAGACUAUCCAAAUGGAGCAUGCCUUGUCGGAAACAAAUACCUGUUCGUUGCUCAGGCUAAAAAAGCUCUGAUUAAUGUUUAUAACAUAUCUGGUGCAAACAAGAGAGAAUCUGUCGAGCAAAGAUUACCACUUCCAGAAACUGUCAAUUGUUUGGAAGUUGUCGAAAAUCCUAUUGGGGAGUCUCUGCCUGUAUUCCACUUACCGUAUCUACUUUUGGCAUCAACACCAUCGGGAAAGCUAUAUAUAUGGGAAUUGAACUCUGGGAAUCUUUUGGCUGUAAAGCCAAUGGCGCAUUAUCAAGCUAUCACUAAAAUUCAGUCAAUUAUGAAUGGCAGGUACAUCGUCACAUCUGGUGCAGAUGCACGUGUCAUGAUAUGGCAAACUAUUGAUUUGGUUACCAAGGAAGAACCAAAGCCUGUCCAUAUUUUACACGACCAUACCCUCUCAGUUACAGAUUUCUGUGUAUCCAAUGCACACGCAUCGCACAUAUCUGCCAAACUGUUCACAAUUUCAGAUGAUACCACUUUGAGAUGUUACGAUUUAAACAUGGACCUCUACAAGGAACCUAAAUUAAUAGCCACUUUUACUUUCCCAUUUGCUUUGAAGUCAAUUGCUUUGGAUCCUGCUGAUAGAGCAUGCUAUGUUGGAGGUCAGCAGGGUGUUUUUGCUCUGAACCUUUACUAUAAAAUGGAGGCCCUAAAAAUUGUCAACCUUAUAAAUUCGCCAAACAAUAUUUAUGCUUGUGUUGAAGCCACUGCCAACGAAAAGAGAUCCGAACUUUACAGUUUGGGGCAAAUAUCUUGCCCCAAGAUCACCACAAAGAAUGCAACAAAGCUAGCGUGUUCUAUGGAUGGCAGCUUUUUGGUAGUGGGCGAUGUCUCGGGUUCUUGCACCAUAAUGGACAUAUAUGCAAAGCAGCCGGUUAAAGAAGUUCACGCCCUAGCCUCUCAGGACACUAUGGGAUCAGUAACAAGUAUAAUAUCGACUGUGAUUGCGACAGGGGAAAGCGAUAGCCUCCUCACUACAGAAAAGGCACAAACGACUCAGAAAAUUCCUAAUUUACAAAAGAACAUUUACAAUCGCCAAGGUUUACACGACAUAUUUUUCCAGGUCGGCGAAAGUAGAGACGAUCUGGUACUUCCUCUUGACGAUUUUGAAAGCUAUCUAGAUCAGGCUGCUUCAGAGGAAAACGCGUUCAUGCAAUUAGGUGGUGUGGUGACAGGCGUGAAAGUUGUGAAACAGCUUGAAGAAGUGGCACCAGAAGUCGUGGCUGAAUCUUCUAACGAUCAAGAGGUUACGGAGCUUAAACAAACGGUUCAACAGUUGACGGACGCAUACAAGGAGUUAAGGGAAAUGCAUGAAAAGCUUUUCCAAGAGCACGAAGAGCUCCUCAAUAAGUCAUCAUAA